AUGGCCGGACCCAGGGGUGCCUGGACCAUGGGCGAUGUGGUGGAGAAGAGUCUGGAAGGGCCGCUGGAACCCUCUCCAGAGGGGUCCCCCCAGAAAAAGGGAGAACUGGUAGAAAUGUUAAACGAGGAAAAGGUCAAGUUUGAAGACACGGGGCUCUCCUUGAUCCUGCAGUCCGGCCUGGAGACCCUGCGAGUGGAGAACGCGCUGACAGAUGUCAUUUUGUGCGUGGACAUUCAGGAAUUCUCCUGCCACCGCGUGGUGCUUGCUGCAGCCAGCAACUACUUCAGGGCGAUGUUCUGCAACGAUCUAAAGGAAAAGUACGAGGAAAGGAUCAUCAUCAGAGGGGUGGACGCGGAGACCAUGCACAUGCUGCUGGACUACACCUACACCAGCAAAGCGCUCAUCACCAAGCAGAACGUGCAGCGGGUCCUGGAGGCCGCGAACCUCUUCCAGUUCCUGCGCAUGGUGGAUGCCUGUGCCAGCUUCCUCACGGACGCCUUGAACCCAGAAAAUUGCGUGGGCAUACUGAGGCUGGCGGACACCCACUCCCUGGACAGCCUGAAGAAGCAGGUUCAAGGUUACAUCGUCCAAAACUUCGUGCAGAUCGUGAGCUCCGAGGACUUCCUGGAGCUGCCGGUGGACACGCUGCACCACAUCCUGAAGAGCGACGACCUGUACGUGACGGAGGAGGCGCAGGUGUUCGAGACGGUGAUGCGCUGGGUCCGCCACCGGCCGGCCGAGCGCCUCUGCCUGCUGCCCUUCGUCCUGGAGAACGUGCGCCUGCCGCUGCUCGACCCCUGGUACUUCGUGGAGACGGUGGAGGCGGAGCCCCUCAUCAGACAGUGCCCCGAGGUCUUCCCGCUGCUCCAGGAGGCCAGGAUGUACCACCUUUCUGGCAAUGAGAUCAUCUCGGAGCGCACCAAGCCCAGGAUGCACGAGUUCCAGUCGGAGGUGUUCAUGAUCAUUGGCGGCUGCACGAGGGAUGAGCGGUUUGUGGCGGAGGUCACCUGCCUGGAUCCGCUAAGACGCAGCCGCCUGGAGGUGGCCAAGCUCCCCAUGACGGAGCACGAGCUGGAGAGUGAGAAUAAGAAGUGGGUGGAGUUUGCGUGUGUAACAUUAAAGAAUGAGGUCUACAUCUCAGGUGGCAAAGAAACACAGCAUGAUGUUUGGAAAUAUAAUUCUUCUAUCAACAAGUGGAUUCAAAUAGAAUACUUGAACAUUGGCCGCUGGCGGCAUAAGAUGGUGGUGCUGGGGGGCAAGGUCUACGUGAUCGGCGGCUUUGAUGGUCUGCAGAGGAUCAACAAUGUGGAAGCCUAUGACCCCUUCCACAACUGCUGGUCUGAGGCUGCCCCCCUCCUCUCACACGUCAGUUCCUUCGCGGCCACCAGCCACAAGAAGAAGCUCUAUGUGAUUGGUGGAGGGCCCAACGGGAAACUGGCCACAGACAAGACGCAGUGUUAUGACCCUUCUACCAAUAAGUGGAACCUAAAGUCGCCCAUGCCAGUGGAGGCCAAGUGCAUCAACGCAGUGAGUUUCCGGGACCGCAUCUACGUCGUCGGUGGGGCCAUGCGGGCGCUGUACGCCUACAGCCCGCUGGAGGACAGCUGGAGCCUGGUCACGCAGCUCAGCCACGAGCGCGCCAGCUGCGGCAUCGCGCCCUGCAACAACCGCCUCUACAUCACGGGCGGCCGCGACGAGAAGAACGAGGUCAUCGCCACCGUGCUGUGCUGGGACCCCGAAACCCAGAAGCUGACGGAGGAGUGUGUCCUGCCCCGGGGGGUGUCGCACCACGGCAGCGUCACCAUCAGGAAGUCCUACACCCACAUCCGCCGCAUCGUGCCGGGGGCCGUGUCGGUCUGACGGUGGGGGGGGGGGCGUGGAGGCCGUGCACGACCCCCUUCUCAGUCGCUCAGGCUGCACUUUGGGGCUCCCCGUGACUCCCCGAACUGAUUGCUGACCUACCUCAGGAGGGAAGACGAUGACUACUGGACUCUAGGGGUCCCCCAUCCCAGGCCACUUUCUCCGCCAGAAACGUCUGGAUCUCCAAUCAAUGAGCUUUGGCGACAAGACUUGGUCGCUGCCGUUUCCCAGGCGAGAGGCUCAGGGGCUGAGUACGGAGAGCUAGCCCUGGAGUCCAAACCAAGGUCUUCCCCCUAAAGUCACACCUGCCCAGCCACCCGGGCUCAGAGCCGGGGGAGCACAGGCCGGAGUGAUAGUGCAGCGGGUGAGGCACUUGCGUUGCCCACCAUCGACCCUGGUUCCAUCCCUGGCUUCCCCUAUGGUCCUCCCGCGGAGCACCACCAGGAGUGAUUCCCCAAGCAGGGUCAGGAGUAAGUCUUUAACACCACCAGGUGUGGCCCAAAACCAAUCGAACAAAACCUGGCUCUUUUUUUUUCUCUCCCCUUUACUUUUUCUGCAAAUUUUCACACCAGAGAAAUACUGGAAUAUCUUUUUGUUUUGUUUUGUUUUGGGGCCUCACUCAGUGGUGCUCAGGGCUUACUUACUCCUGGCCCUGGGAACAGUCACUCGGGGCAGGGCUCUGGGGACCCUGUGGGGUGCCAGGACUUGAACCCGGGUUGGCUGGUGAAAGGCAAGCACCCAAUUUG